AUGAUUAAAUCAAAUCCAACAUUACUCUUUGGUGAUUUACUUCUUGAAGUGGGUGAAUAUACUAAAGUCGAACGAUAUUUUGACACAGUUCUUAAUUCAUCAAAUCUAAAUGAUGAAGAUAUUGCUUGCAUAUUUUUUAAUUUUGGUCGUAUACAUCGAUUUAAAGGUGAUUUAAAUGGUCUUGGAAUUGUUUAUAGUGAAUUGGGACAACAAACGAAAGCUGAAGAAUAUUUUCAACAACCUAUGAAACUAUAUAAAAAAAGUAUUCGAAAAAAACAUGUCGAGAUUGCUGGAACAUUAAUUAAUUUGGGUACUAUUGAUUGUGAUCGACAAAAUUUUACACAAGCAUUGAAUAAAUAUCAAGAAGCAAAGAAAAUUUAUGAUAGUUCUCUUCCAUCAGAUCAUCCAAAUCGAGCAUUACAAAGAGCUAAUGAAGGUAAUAUUCAUUUGGCAACUGGAAAUUAUGAAAUCGCGCUUCAAGAAUAUGAAUUGGCAUUGAAAUUACAAGAAGCAUUAUUACCAGCUGAUCAUGCAAAUAUUGCUCGAACAUUGCAUAAUUUAGCAAUUGUUCAUGCAUCUCGAGGAAAUAUGGACGAUGCAACAAAAUAUUUAGAACGUGCAAAAGAAAUAGCCGAGCGAACAUUAUCUUUGAAACAUUUAGUUAUGACAUUACUUGAUAAACCAAAAGAUUUUCUCAUCGACUAA